AUGUGGGAACUCCGCUCGGCCUCCUUUUGGAGGGCCAUUUUUGCCGAGUUUUUUGCUACCCUUUUUUAUGUCUUCUUUGGGCUGGGGGCCUCGCUACGCUGGUCACCGGGCCCCGUACACGUCCUGCAGGUGGCCGUGGCUUUCGGACUAGCCUUGGCCACAUUGGUGCAGGCAGUAGGCCAUGUCAGCGGGGCCCACGUCAACCCAGCUGUCACCUUCGCUUUCCUCGUGGGCUCCCAGAUGUCCCUGCUACGGGCCCUCUGCUACAUUGUAGCCCAGUUGCUGGGGGCCGUUGCCGGGGCUGCAGUGCUGUAUAGUGUUACCCCCCCAGCUGUCCGUGGGAACCUGGCGCUCAACACGCUACACCCCGGGGUGAGCGUGGGUCAGGCCACAAUCGUGGAGAUCUUCUUGACCCUUCAGUUUGUGCUCUGCAUCUUUGCCACGUUUGAUGAAAGGAGGAAUGGACGCUUGGGUUCUGUGGCAUUAGCUAUUGGUGUCUCUCUCACCCUGGGGCACCUGUUUGGGAUGUAUUACACGGGUGCAGGCAUGAAUCCUGCUCGAUCCUUUGCUCCUGCUAUCCUCACCAGGAACUUCAGCAACCACUGGGUGUACUGGGUAGGCCCGAUCAUCGGGGGAUCUCUGGGUGGCCUCCUCUAUGACUUCCUCCUCUUUCCCCGGAUCAAGAGUGUCUCGGAGAGACUAACUAUCCUCAAGGGGAUCAGGCCCAAUGACUCUGAUGGGCAACCAGAGGUCACUGGGGAGCCUGUUGAGCUAAAGACCCAAGCCCUAUAG